AUGCCCAAUGGGAUGAAGGAGGAGAGGUUUCGUACAAUGUUUGCUGCUUUUGGCACGCUCACAGACUGUACGCUGAAAUUCACGAAAGAUGGAAAAUUUAGAAAGUUUGGCUUCGUGGGCUUCAAAUCCGAGGAGGACGCAAACAAAGCGCUGAUACAUUUCCACAAGAGCUUCAUGGAUACGUCCAGAGUCACGGUGGAAAUGUGUAAGUCAUUUGGAGAUCCCACAAAACCAAAAGCCUGGAGCAAACACACGCUUGAGGUUGUUCACUCCAAGACACCAGAAAACACGGAAAAAGUGAAAAACAAGGCAAAAAAGAAAACCAUUGAUGCACUCGAAAAUGUGAAGGAGGAUGAGGGUUUCAAGGAGUUUCUGUCUGUGCAUCAAAACCGGAGUCAAGCCCCAACAUGGGCAAAUGAUACUGCACAACAACAAACCAACGAUGCCUCUAAGAAAAAGAACAAAAAGGAUGCUGAAAACAAGAAGAAAGCCGUUUCUGAUGAUUAUCUCAACUUUGACUCGGACGACACAGAAGAGGAACAUGAAGAGGAGGAGCUGAGUGAAGGAGAUGAGAAAGAAGCGCUCACAGACGGUUUAUCAGAUAUGGAGUAUCUGCGUUCAAAAGUGUCUAAAGUAAAAGAUUCAAUGAAAGAAAAUGACAAUGAUGGUGAAUAUCAAGACAUCACUCCUGGCGUCACUGACAGUGCAUAUGAAAGUGGGGAAAGAGACAACAAGCUGGAGAUGCAGUCUGAUGACGCCUCAAAGACUCCGAAACUCAAGGUUAAAAAGAACGUCAAGAAUGAGAUGGAUCCCACCACUGAGUUCACCGUGAAGCUUAGAGGAGUACCGUUUAACGUCAAAGAGCAACAAAUCCGUGAAUUCAUGACACCACUAAAGCCAGCAGCCAUUAGAAUUGGAAGGAAUGAAAGUGGCAAUAGAACAGGUUAUGUGUAUGUUGAUUUACACUCUGAAGAAGAGGUGCAAAAAGCCUUGAAAAGGAACAAGGAUUACAUAGGUGGAAGAUAUAUUGAAGUCUUCAGUUUGGAUGCAUCUGGUAAUAAGAGAAAGACAAAACAGAAAGAAAUUGACAGAAACUUUAUCAGAAAACUCAAAGAGGACGAAGGAGAGGAAGAUUUGUCCGAAUCAGGGCGUCUUUUUGUCAGAAAUCUCUCUUACACCUGCACAGAAGAGGAGAUCAAAGAACUUUUCUCCAAGCAUGGUCCAUUGUCUGAAGUUCUGUUUCCCAUUGACCCUCUCACCAAGAGACCAAAAGGAUUUUCUUUUGUGACCUACAUGAUCCCAGAAAAUGCCGUCACAGCUUUGGCUAAGUUAGAUGGUCAUAUAUUUCAGGGUCGAAUUCUGCAUGUGUUACCAUCAACAAUUAAAAAGGAAAAAUCAGACUCUGCAGAUGGUGGUCCUGGUUCCUCAUCAUAUAAACGUCAAAAAGACGCUAAAAAUAAGGCUUCAAGUUCCAGUUCCCAUAAUUGGAACACUUUAUUUCUGGGAACGAGUGCUGUGGCUGAUGCUAUUGCUGAGAAGUACAAUACUACUAAAAGCCAAGUUUUGGACCAUGAAACAAAAGGAAGUGUUGCAGUGAGAAUGGCUUUGGGGGAAACCCAAAUUGUGCAGGAAACAAGACAAUUUUUAUUGGAUAAUGACAUUUGCCUUGACUCCUUUAGUCAGGCGGCUGCUCCAAGAAGUACAUCUGUGAUCCUGGUCAAAAACCUUCCUGCUGGUGUGACGGCGUCAGAGCUGGAGGAGCUGUUCUCUCCUCAUGGAUCUUUGGGCAGAGUGCUGCUGCCGCCAUCAGGACUCACUGCUGUCAUUGAGUUUUUAGAACCAACUGAAGCUAAACGGGCCUUUUCUAAGCUGGCGUACAGUAAGUUUCAUCACAUUCCUCUGUAUUUGGAAUGGGCCCCUGUGGGCGUUUUUGUGUGCAAACCAGAACCAGAAAUGGAAAAAAAAAAGGAGAGGAAGAUCGAGGUGCCGGAGGAGGAGGAGGAGGAGGAGGAGGAGGAGGAUGAAGAACACAGUGUUUCUGGUUCUACGCUUUUCAUUAAGAAUCUUAAUUUUAUUACAACAGAAGAAACGCUGCAAGAGAAAUUUGCCAAAUGUGGAAAGAUAAUAGUUUGCACCAUUUCAAAGAAGAAGGACAAAGCAGGAAAGCUGUUGUCAAUGGGCUAUGGAUUUGUACAAUAUCAAACUGCUGAAGCAGCACAAAAGGCCAUAAGACAGCUCCAGCACUGCAAUGUUGAUGAUCACCAGUUAGAAUUAAAGAUUUCUGAGAGAGCCACAAGGUCGAGUGAAGUGACUCACAAGAAGAAACAGAUUAUGAAAAAGCAAAUGGGGUCCAAGAUACUUGUUCGCAAUGUGCCCUUUCAAGCCUCCGUGAAAGAAAUCCGUGAACUGUUCUGUACGUUUGGAGAAUUGAAGACUGUACGUCUACCCAGAAAAGCUACUGGCUCAGGAAAUCAUCGAGGAUUUGGUUUUGUCGAUUUUAUUACAAAACAGGAUGCCAAGAAAGCAUUUGGCGCUCUGUGUCAUAGCACACAUCUUUAUGGGAGGCGUCUUGUACUUGAGUGGGCUGAUGCUGAAGACACAGUCGAAACUUUACGACGAAAAACUGCAGAACAUUUCCAUGUAUCAUCAAAAAAGCAACGGAAAUCGGAAAUACUUGAGGUUGUCAUUGACAAACAAAGUGGACAACUUGUGGUCGUGGAUGGAUUUCGUAAAGACUUUGUCGCAUGGGCAAAUUUUACCGACAGCAUAAAAACAACGGGGUGGUCUUUCUUGGAGGUCACCACCAACAGUCUAUACAAUGACAGUGUUCAGGCCUAUGCAGCAGGUGCAGUGGAAGCAGCAGUCACUUCACCGCUUAUAUACAAGCACUGGAUGAACACCCUCAUGGACUACUGUGGGCCCUUUAAGGCUCAAUCAGAUUACUGUAACCAGCUGAAACAUUACAUCAGUACAAACCUCCAAUGGGUUCAAGCUCAAAUAGAGAAACAACCUAAUUCCCCAUACUGGUAUCAGGUACGGCUUGCCCUGUUGCAGCUUAAAGGUUUGGAAGACAGUUACAAUGAUGAACUAUCGUUUCCUUUGGGACCAAUAUCAUUUAAUCCUCUUGGAUUUCUGCUGUUCCAAAUGGGAGGGGACCUUGAAGACUUGGAGGCUGCUUUGAACAAAUCCAGUAAAACUAGGACUCUUGGAUCUGGUUCAUGUUCUGCUUUGAUUAAGCUGCUUCCAAACAACAAUGAUCUGCUUGUAUCACAUGACACCUGGAACACUUACCAAGCCAUGCUUCGGAUUAUGAAAAAAUACAUAUUUCCCUUCAAAUCAUCUCCUUUAGUAGAUAAACCUAUUCCAGGAGCAACACAAGCGUUCUCAUCAUAUCCUGGAUCAAUUUUUUCGGGAGAUGACUUCUACAUACUAAGUAGUGGUUUGGUCACACUAGAGACGACUAUUGGUAACAGUAAUCCUACUCUGUGGGAUUAUGUUCAACCAACUGGAACAGUAAUGGAAUGGCUGAGGAAUAUUGUAGCUAAUCGCUUGGCUCUUACUGGGAAAGAUUGGGCUGACAUUUUUAGCCAAUACAACAGUGGAACAUACAACAAUCAGUGGAUGAUUGUGGAUUAUAAACACUUCACUCCUGGUAAAAUGGACAUUGAAGAGGAACUCUUUCUUGUGCUUGAGCAAAUACCAGGAAUGGUUUUGUAUGAAGACAAAACCAAGGAACUGAUGAAGAAAGGUUUCUGGGCUAGUUAUAACAUUCCGUACUACGGUAAGAUAUUUAAUGCAAGUGGCUGCAAUGAGCUUGUUGACAAGUUCGGCCCAUGGUUUUCUCUGGACAAAAACCCCCGAGCUCAAAUUUUCCAUAGAAAUCAGAGCAUGGUGACUGACAUAGAAUCAAUGAUUCGCCUCAUGAGAUAUAACAACUUCAAAGAGGACCCAUUGUCAAAAUGUGAGAGCUGUGAUCCCCCUGCAAAUGCAGAGAAUUCCAUCUCAGCCCGCUCAGAUCUAAAUCCUGCAAAUGGCACUUAUCCAUUUGGAGCUUUAAAGCAGAGACCACAUGGAGGAACAGACAUGAAGUUGACAUCCUAUCAAAUGUACCAAGAUUAUGGCAUGCUGGCUCCCAAAACCAACCUGAGAGAUUAUGUUGCCAACAAACCACCUGGAGUGACUUUUUUCCUUUGCCUUUUAAUUCUGGUCAUCUCCUUCACGUUUCUCAGUUUUUACAGCUCUAACCAUACCCUACCUAAUCCAGACGUUGUCCAGGACUGGAACCGCCUUCUUUCAACUAUAGCUGAAUAUCACUUUUUCUCAGCCAGUCAACUACACCUUGAAGGAAAUAAAACGUUCAGUUUGACUCUAGACUUUUCUGCCAAUGAGAAUUCUGCAUGUCUGACUGUGAAAUGGCCAUAUGUGCUUUCCGUUAGUCCAAUGCCCCCAGCCUGCCCAGAGAAUGUAGUACACAAAAAAGUGGUCUAUACUAAAGCAAAGAAGGUAAUUGCAUCAACACAAAAGUGUCAUCGUUUACAAGCCAUAUAUGACCCAACACUUCAAGUCAUGUUGACAAAGGAAGAUCAAAUUGCAGCUUCAAGGCAUCUUUUGGAAGUAGCUGUUGUUUUACUUGGAGUUUGUUUAAUACUUUUUUUAUUUGGAAGCCUCACACAUUCAAUUAACCUCCACUGGGAGCAGCAGCAUCUUCGUCAUGACUUGACAACUGAUGACUAG